CCACUGCUGUUCGGCAGAAGGUCCAGAUUGCCGCCCCACUCCAUUAUCAAAACUCGAUUCGUCGUCGAUUUGGCGCAGCCGUCGUCAUCGGAGAUUCCUCACGCCUGCAGCUGCGAAGACCAAGGCCCUGCAAGGAACCGAGCCGGAGCCACUGGCCGGAUUCGCCAUGAGACCGCCGCCGUCUCCCCCUUUGCUCCCCUUACUCCUGCUUCUCGUUCUCCUCCCGUCGCCGCCGGCUGUGGCGGCAGCGGCAGGCCCCACCUCGUUGGAGGCGCUCCGCGCGGCGGCCGGCCGCAGGGCCGCGUCGCCGGCCACGCAAGAGAGGGCUGCCGCCGGGGUGCUCCGCCGGCUCCUCCCCUCCCACGCGCUCAGCUUCCGGUUCCAGAUCGACCCCAAGGGCGGCGUCUGUGGCGACUCGAGCUGCUUCAGGAUAAGCAAUGUUGACGGCUCGAGCAAGGGCGGUGCAGAGAUUCUGAUCCAGGGUAACACUGCUGUUGAGCUUGCAUCUGGGCUCCAUUGGUACCUCAAAUACUGGUGUGGGGUGCACAUUUCUUGGGAUAAGACUGGUGGUGCACAACUGGCGUCAGUCCCUUCGCCUGGGUCUCUGCCACGAGUGAAGGGAACGGGAGUCAAGGUUGAGCGCCCUGUUCCGUGGAAUUACUAUCAGAAUGUCGUCACUUCCAGCUACUCCUUUGUGUGGUGGGAUUGGAGAAGAUGGGAGAAAGAAAUUGACUGGAUGGCACUUCAAGGAAUUAACUUGCCUUUAGCGUUUACUGGACAGGAAGCUGUUUGGCAAAAGGUUUUUAAGAGCUUUAAUGUCACCGACAGAGAUUUAGAUGAUUUUUUUGGUGGACCAGCUUUCCUUGCCUGGGCUAGAAUGGGGAACCUGCAUGCAUGGGGUGGGCCACUUUCACAAAAUUGGUUAGAUCAACAAUUGGCACUGCAGAAGAAAAUAUUGUCUCGUAUGAUUGAGCUUGGAAUGGUCCCAGUUCUGCCAUCAUUCUCAGGAAAUGUACCAGUCGCGUUUAAAAAAUUGUUUCCAUCUGCCAGCAUAACCAGACUCGGUGAAUGGAACACAGUUGAUGGUAAUCCUAGGUGGUGCUGCACUUAUAUUCUUGAUCCUUCGGAUGCAUUGUUUAUUGAUGUGGGACAGGCUUUUAUCAAGCAACAAAUGAAAGAAUAUGGUGACAUCACCAGCAUCUAUAAUUGUGACACAUUCAAUGAGAAUACACCACCGACAAAUGAACCGGCAUAUAUUUCAUCGCUUGGUUCUGCUAUCUAUCAAGCAAUGUCGAGAGGUAACAAGGAUGCAGUGUGGUUAAUGCAGGGUUGGCUAUUUUACUCGGAUGCAGCUUUCUGGAAGGAGUCUCAGAUGAAAGCACUACUUCAUUCUGUUCCAAUUGGUAAGAUGAUGGUCCUUGAUUUAUUUGCUGAUGUCAAGCCCAUAUGGCAAACGUCCUCCCAGUUCUAUGGUGUACCAUACAUCUGGUGCAUGCUACACAACUUUGGUGGUAAUAUUGAAAUGUAUGGAGUACUAGAUUCAAUUUCAUCUGGCCCUAUUGAUGCACGUACAAGCUACAAUUCAACAAUGGUUGGUGUUGGCAUGUGCAUGGAGGGAAUAGAACAUAAUCCAGUUGUUUAUGAGCUUAUGUCUGAAAUGGCAUUCCGUAGUCAAAAGGUCGAAGUUGAGGAUUGGUUAAAAUCGUACUCCUAUAGGCGAUAUGGCCAAUCAAAUGUCGAAAUACAGAAAGCUUGGGCAAUCCUGUACCAUACGAUAUACAAUUGCACAGAUGGAAUUGCGGAUCAUAAUAGAGACUACAUAGUUGAAUUUCCAGACAUCAGUCCAAGUUCUUUCAGUUCCCAGUAUUCCAAACGAAGAAGUAUCUCAGUUGUGAGGAAACAUCCGAGGUUCUUAGGCGAGGUCUCUGCAAGCCUACCACAACCACAUCUAUGGUAUUCUACGGAGGAGGCCGUCAAAUCCCUUGAACUAUUUCUUAAAGCAGGAGAUGAUCUUUCAGAAAGUCUCACAUAUAGGUACGACCUUGUUGAUUUGGCAAGGCAGUCACUGUCAAAAUUAGCAAAUAAAGUGUACCUUGAUGCUAUGGGUUCUUACCAAAUGAGGGAUUCAAGUGGUUUAAACUUUCACACAAAGAAAUUCCUCGAACUCAUCAUGGAUAUCGAGACGCUACUAGCUUCUGAUGAUAACUUCCUGCUGGGCCCUUGGUUAGAAACUGCAAAAAGCCUUGCUACGGCUGAAGACGAAAGGAAGCAGUACGAGUGGAAUGCUAGAACACAGGUGACAAUGUGGUACGACGACACAAAGAUCGAGCAGAGCAAACUCCAUGACUACGCCAAUAAAUUCUGGAGUGGGCUUCUGAAGAGCUACUACCUUCCAAGGGCAUCUAAAUACUUCACUCGGUUAUCGAGAAGCCUCCAAGAGAACCGGAGCUUUCAACUGGAGGAAUGGAGGCGAGAUUGGAUCUCCUACUCUAACGAAUGGCAGUCCGGGAAGGAGCUGUACCCUGUGAAAGCCACGGGUGAUGCUUUGGCGAUCUCCAGGUCUCUCUUUGCAAAGUACUUCAGGUAAGGUAGAUGUGGGCUGCGGCCACAAAACUUUGAGGAAUGUUUGUUAUAAAUAAAGCAAAAUAAUGUACGCAUGAGAUCGUUGUGAAGUGAGCGGUGUACAUCCGCUCUCGAUUCCGCAACUAGUCCCGUCUCAUGUAAAAGGUUCAGCCGUCAAUACUGUACUUUUUGCAGUGGGUACAUCGAAUAACGAAAUUGAAACCUUUCAUGCGA